AUGAGGAGGAAGCAUUGUAAACUGGACUGGAAACUGUUUGGGAAAGACAUUGUAUUGGCUAUAAAGUCACUUUCGUUUACGAUCAUUGAAUCAACAUAUCCCACUGGUUCUUAUGCUGUAUCUCCAGUGACUGUGACGAUUGACAUUAUGUCGUUGAGUUUGGUUUGCAUUUGGAUUUUCGUCUUGGGAAUUUCUGCCAGCCCUCCAAGGAUUGCGUAUGUAAGAGACUUAUUACGAGAAUUUGAACCGAUAUCGAAUGGAACAACCAACAUAGUAGGCGGAACUAUUGUGGAGCCACAUUCGAACCCUUGGCAGGUAUUGUUAUACUUUAAAGAAGGUAACGCAUGGUAUAUUUGUGGCGGUAUUCUCGUCGACCCGUUAUUUGUACUGACUGCAGCACAUUGUGGAGGGGCAAAGCCAAGAAACUAUGAAGUUUGGCUUGGUGAGCAUGAUCGUUCCAGUAGCGACGAUGGAAUCCUGUACUCGGUGGAGUCGGUAACAGUCAGUGAAAACUAUAACAAGAACUCGCUUGAUAGUGAUUAUGCUCUGCUCAAAUUAAAAACUGCGGCAGACAUCACCAAUACCAAAAUAGCCACAAUACCCUUAGGCACAAGAAAAAUACUGAGUGGAGAACAAUGUGUAAUUACAGGAUGGGGGACAACAUCAUCCGGAAGUACUUCUCGAUAUCUUCAAGGCACAGCUGUAUCUGCAUUAAAUAAUACAGAAUGUAGUGCUAAAUGGAGUGGUGUGACAGUGACAGAUAAUAUGCUUUGUGCUGGUAAUGGGCCACAAGGUGUAUGCCCGGGCGAUAGCGGUGGACCUUUGAUUUGCCAGACGGAUGGAGCAUGGGAAGUCCAUGGUAUUACAAGCUGGGGACAUAGAGAUUGUGGAACAUCUGGAUUUCCAGAUGUGUAUACUCGCAUAAGCAUCAACUACGCUGACAUCAGUGGCAUAAUCUCGGGUACCGGCACUGUCAGUGGUGAUGGUACUGGUAAUGUUGGCAGGGGCCGUGGCAACAAGCCCUAA